AUGCUGUUGCUCUCGCUCUCUCUUUCUCUCUCUCUCUCUCUCUCUGUGCUGAGCACUAUGGUGGCGUCCAUUCUAGAGAGUGUUGGUAAUCACUUGUUUACUGCUAAUAAUAAUAAUAAUAAUAAUAGUAAUACAAUUGCUACUGUGUUUUGUACACUGAGCACCAAGAAAAUUAAUCCCGAUGACACCCACUGUACGGAGGUGCAUCACUUUUUUGUGUGGAAAUACCUAAUCUCUUUUCUGUUUUCUUAUACUUGUAAGCAGAGCAUUGCUGUGCACCUUGUGGUGUGUCUCACUCUGCAAUUGUGUGGUUCUGAUAAAUGA